AUUACGUGACACGGAACUUAUAACCUCUAAAACAUUUCGUGAGUGGGGUAGCAAACAAAACUCACGUGUUUGUUUCUCCCCAAAAAAUGAAAAUAAAUUGAAGUAAUAGAAUAAUCAAAAAUGAGUAAAUUAUAUGUGUUGUACGAACACAGUGCGGGGUUCGCCCUGUUCAAAGUUGCCGAAUUUGAAGAACUUGCGGCAUUUCUGCCUCAAGUCGAGGAGUCUGUGACUGACUUACAGCGAUUCAACUCUGUUGUGACGUUGAGCGCAUUCCAGCCAUUCAAAUCUGCUGUGGUAGCGUUGGAAAAUAUCAACGCUAUAUCCGAAGGUAUUGUACCCGAAGACCUGAACUUAUUCCUGGAAGGAGCGCUUCCAAAGCGCAAGAAGCGCAGCAAAUGUACCCUGGGUGUGUUGGACCCCAAACUAGGGGCUGCCAUCAGCGAGGCUCUGGAGAUCCCAUGCUCACACACUGGUGCUGUUCCCGAGAUACUGAGAGGUAUCCGUCACCACUUCCACGCCCUCAUCAAAGGUCUAACCCUGAAGGCAUGCAGCGUAGCACAGCUCGGUUUAGGCCACUCAUACUCACGUGCCCGAGUCAAGUUCAACGUGCACCGAGUAGACAAUAUGAUCAUCCAGUCCAUAGCGCUACUUGACCAGCUCGACAAAGAUAUCAACACGUUUUCUAUGAGGAUCAGAGAAUGGUACUCUUACCACUUCCCGGAGCUGAUCAACAUUGUGCCAGAGAACCAGCUGUACACCAAGUGCGCAGAAUUCAUUAAGGACAGGAAAUCAUUGAGCGACGAGUCAGUGGAACCAUUGACGGAGAUCCUUGGAGACUCGGAGAAGGCCCAGGCUAUUAUUGAUGCAUCCAAAAUGUCUAUGGGCAUGGACAUCUCUCCUGUAGACUUGAUUAAUAUUCAGAUGUUCGCCGGCAGAGUCGUUGGACUCAGUAAUUAUAGAAAGCAGAUAUCAGAGUACCUGCACACUAAGAUGGAGUCUGUGGCCCCGAACCUGACAACCCUCGUCGGAGACCAGGUCGGCGCCCGACUUAUAUCCAAGGCCGGUUCACUCACCAGCCUCGCCAAGUACCCGGCCUCUACACUGCAGAUUUUGGGUGCCGAGAAGGCUCUGUUCCGUGCGUUGAAGACUCGCUCGAACACGCCCAAGUACGGCCUGCUGUAUCACUCGACGUUCAUCGGUCGCGCCGGACUGAAGAACAAGGGACGCAUCAGUCGGUACCUUGCCAACAAGUGCUCUAUCGCAUCCAGGAUCGACUGCUUCUCUGAAAUCCAAUCAUCCGUAUUUGGUGAGAAACUCCGGCAGCAAGUUGAAGACCGUCUCAAGUUCUAUGAGACCGGUGACAUUCCUAAGAAGAACAUCGAAGUAAUGAAGGAAGCGUUAGAUGAACUGCAGCAGGCUGUGGACGCCGAGGCCAGCGCUAAGAAGAAAAAGAAAAAGAAGAAGAAGAAGGAAAGAGAUGAGGAACAGCCUAUGGAUGAGGAUUGAAUAAGAUAGAGUUUUACUAAGGAUCGUGGAUGAUCGUUCAGAAGGGUGAUAGAAGUUACACAAUAUUUUAAUGGUAACGAAGUACUGAGCAGUUCAGAACUGCUUAUAUGUAGUGUUACAAAAGUGUCACCAUAGUUUAAAGUAGGGCAUUGAAAUUUUCGGGUCGUAAGUUAGUACCUUUUUGUUACAGCGUUGUACUUUUGUACUGUUAUACUUGUAUUGACAUUUUAAUUUUAAUUUUUACAACACAUUCAUAUGCAAUCACUUCUACCCAAUUUUAGAUUGGACCCUCAUGGAUACCAUCUUUGACAGUUUUAGUACUUAGACGUAAUGAAAAGCAGUUUUUAAACAAUAAAUUUAUGUUAGUUUGUUCCUUUGUCUGUCAUAAGGUGCUAGCUACCCUUUUGAACGAUCGUGGACGAUAUUUUUCUAGUAUAAGACAUAGUGAUAGUUAUAUCUUACAAUGCGUAUCGAUGUAACAGGCACAUGAAUAUUUUUUCAAAUAUUAAAUUACUUUUAAGUUUAA